UGGGACUUUACUAAGUUUCCUGUUUCCAAUAUGGCGCGUGAAUUAUUAACUAAAAUGCAUCAUGAUCCAUUAUUUAACGUGAUGGAUAUUAAUCAAUCGUUAUACAAGAAGAAAACUCUAAAUACUGUAAAGGAACUGAGAAUACAACUAUUUCACCUCAAGAAAUAUAUCUCUACUUGUGGAUCAUCGAAAGGAUUGCUGGAAAGACUAGAGAAGCUACCUCUUCAUAUCAUCGAUCAACCACAUGUAUAUUCCAUGCAUGAUUUUAUGAGUGUAAAAAAGAAAGAACUUAAUGCCAUCUUGGAGCCAUACGUAAUAGCCAACGCGGCUCAUAUCUCACAAUGUCAGCUAUGCCGUCUGAAAGGUUUCAUAUGCGAAAUAUGCAAGAGCGAAACUCUUAUCUAUCCUUUUGAAAUACUUACUUGUUAUCAAUGCGAUGAUUGUCAUACCUGCUACCAUAAAAGAUGUAAAGCCACUUUGGAUAGCUGUCCAAAGUGUGCAAGGAUAAAAAGGUAG